GGAGAGGGCGGGGCUCGUGCGCUCGUACCGGAGGAAGUCCGAUCACUCUUGCCCACCUCUGGCUGCAGGCGGCAGGCGCGGGGCCUGCGGUGGAGGUUGAUACGCCGCGCUUUCCCGACGGGCUACUCUCUUGACGAACGCGCCAAGAACCUUUAAAUAUGAAGCACAGACCCUACGCGGCAACAACAGUCGAACAUUCAGAACUAUGUCCAACUCCAGCUCGUUCAUGGUGUUCACGAGGCGCCCGUUGGCACCGCGUAUGUCUUCUCGAAAAUCUGGCAGAGUCGCAACAAAUCCGCCUGCUGCACGAGGAGAUGGAGGGUAGAGCGAGACGAAGGCCCGGAGGGGACCGAGAUGGGAGAAACGGAAGAGGAUGAGCUGAUUCACGCAGCAAAGAGCAAGUGAAGGACGCCCCAUCGCAGGCUCAGGCGGCCGCGAGAACAUGGCCACAUUCGCCUCGAGCUAGGACUUGUCGAUGCCAAACUCACGCAGGUCCUCUUUCGCAUGGUCGACGGUUCGUAACUCAUACCCCGCCUUCGGCGACCCCCUGACGAGCGACUUCAAACGGAACAGAAUCUCGCAUGUGGCCUUGAUAGCGUGCACGCUGAGUUCCGGACAUAAAUCGGCGACGGCGCGCUUGAGCUGCUUGGCGUGUUUCGAGCAUCGCUGGUGACUUGCCUGGUGACACAUAACACUCGUAUGGUGUGCCUUGUGCACGAGUAGCUGAGACCCUAUGUCAUCCCAGCGAACUGAUCUUGAAGCUGCCGAUGAUCUGGCUGAUAAUUCUCGAAGCGCACGCGGUGCUUCCACGAAAGCGAAGCACAAAUAUUCGCCCAUCCGGGGAUGAUGUUCCAUUCAACAACAGGUUUGACCACAGACUGUGACACCGCAUCCUGCUUCGCUUCAUUUCUUGAUUUGAUGGCCAAUAUCGAGGAGUCGAACAGGCCACCGAAGGAAGGCGAAAUUAUUUCACCAACACUUCUGGACUUUCAUUGUAUCCCCAAGAUGUCGUCCAAUCGUUUGACCUGCGACGCCAGCAAAGAGAUCUCGGUGUUCGUACUUUCGGUUCAUUUUCAACUGCUGACAAACGUGUCUCCACAAGUCUGGGUAAUGUUCCGCAUGACGCAUGAGCACUGUAGUCGCGCUGUCAAAGUGCUACAUGGAAUGCCAGAAUUGGUUGCAGCAGAUCUGUCUUGGUAUUGUCGACGUUCUGCCUGAUGGCGUUGUCGAUUCGGCCGUGGAAGUCGGAGCUGCGAGAUCUGCUCCCCGUGUCCUCUUAAGCCCUUCCUGUAUCACGCCAGCGUCCGCGACCGCCAUCGCCGCCAAGAGACAUCAAGAGAACCAACAGCACCAGUGCCACCUGCCGCCUCCUGCGUGGCAAACGCCUGGAGCGCCUCGACAUGCCGUAAAACUUACUGACUCAAUGUGUGCCAUACGCGUUCCGAUAUCUGCACGCAUAGCUCGUCAGUAACAGUGCAACAGACACAGACAGUUGUGCACUGUGAUGGGGAAAGGAAUCACACAACGCGUGGGCAUGCUCAUGUGCGGGAACGGGAGACGGACCGACGGAUGUGUCGGGCGCCGGGCGCCCCCCUGACGGUCAACGCACGGCGGCGGAAUCAGUUCGAAAUCCCGCGACGGGGACUUCGAGUCUUGAGCCAAAA